CAUUACCUGUUGCAUGCCUGGCUGUGCCCUGGUACCAGGAAGAUGAAGGUGAGUCGGGGACAGGCCCUUGUUGUUUGCAGUUUGGGGGCCAAGACCGACCCUGAAGCACCCACGGCCAUGUCGCAGGUGCUAUGAUAAGCGUUGCAAGGGCAAUUGUGGGAGUCCAAAGGAAGGAGCUACUCUCUCUGCCUAGGAAUGCCCCAGGAAGAGAAAGAAGGGGUCCAUGACAGCAACGGCUUGUGCAGAGACCUACAGGUUCAUGAACCACCGAGUCCCCGCCCACAAGAGGUACCAGCCCACCGAGUACGAGCAUGCGGCCAACUGUGCCACCCACGCUCUCUGGAUCAUUCCCAGCAUCCUCGGCAGCUCCAACCUCUACUUCCUGUCCGACGACGACUGGGAGACCAUCUCUGCCUGGGUCUACGGGCUCGGCCUCUGUGGGCUUUUCGUGGUGUCCACCGUGUUCCACACCAUCUCCUGGAAGAAGAGCCAUCUCAGGAUGGUGGAGCAUUGCCUGCACAUGUUCGACCGCAUGGUCAUCUACUUCUUCAUCGCGGCGUCCUACGCACCCUGGCUGAACCUUCGGGAGCUGGGCCCCUGGGCCUCCCAUAUGCGUUGGCUGGUCUGGAUCAUGGCCUCAGUGGGCACCAUCUAUGUCUUCUUCUUCCACGAGCGGUACAAGCUUGUGGAGCUGCUCUGCUACGUCGUCAUGGGCUUCUUCCCCGCCCUGGUCAUCCUCUCAAUGCCCAACACCGAGGGCAUCUGGGAGCUGAUGACCGGAGGGGUCUUCUACUGCUUGGGUAUGGUGUUCUUCAAGAGUGACGGGAGGAUCCCCUUUGCCCACGCCAUCUGGCAUCUCUUUGUGGCCUUCGGGGCUGGUACCCACUACUAUGCCAUCUGGAGGUACCUCUAUCUGCCCAGCACCCUGCAGGCCAAGGUGUCCAAAUGAGGCGGCCCAGACUGCACAGGGUCGGAGCAUCGCGAGAAGUGUUUCUAUGAACUCUGGUCCAGAGCACGGCUCCCAGGCCCAUCUGCACGUCCACGGGCAGAGUUUUGAUGGGUCGGAGGCUACUCCUGGGAACAGCCAGAAUGUCCUUCGGGUCCCAGGUGAGGAAGAAAGCAUGUAGUCAUUUUGGCAGAGAAGCCAUUAACCCUGUAACGUGUUUCUAUUCUAGGCAAGUGUUUCCUAAUUCAACCAACAUUAACAUCCACAGAAAAGGGAGCAGACAUUGUCCUGGCAGACUGGGGGACCCUGGGCCCGUGUGGGAGUCGGUGGAGUAGUUUGUACCCCACUGGCCAAGGCCUCCUCUGCAACCAAAGUCCUGGCUGGGGGAUUGUGCCCUGUUCAGGGAAGAGGUCACCCAGCCUGUAGAUCAGGGAUGGUUAAUAUCCGUGACCGUAGCAGACAUCACCAAUCAACUGCAGCACGGUGCGGAAUCAGGAUUCUCCUCCGGGAGGGGCUCUGGGCGGCCACGAACCUAUGGACUCAUCACGCACGAUGGCACCCCUUAGACUCUCCUGUCCAGUGUGCCCUGCCGUGGGAGCACGGCCAGACCAUGUCGGAGAGCCUGCUUAUCUCCUGCUGGGGGAGCUCCCGGGGCAGGCCGUCUGGGGGGCAGUGAAGGGAGACCGAGGCAGACAGCCCGAGCAGCCCCUGGCUUUCUGCUCCACAUAGCUGCCUCUCAGAACAGAGGAGGAGUGAGUGGUAGGGGAUGAGGAAGCUGUUACUUGGCCGUUUCUUCUGCUGAAAAAAAUCCAGAGAAAGCAUCGGAGCCAUUCAUUCCGGGGGGUCUUGCUCACCUGCUCCAGAUUUAGGGCUCGUGAUGCCAGCAUUCAGAUUCUUGCUUGGUGCCAAGCAGCAGCCCUUGGAAGCUCCUCCGAUGAGCCCUGGAGGGAAGGCCUGGCUAGUUCGAUAGGGAUUUGGGCAGAGCGUCCCCAGCGUUGGGAUACCCCUACCUCUCAAGCCGCUAGUGGCCCCAUGACAAGGCUUUCAGGGACCUGUCCUCAGAGCGUCCCCCUGGGCCUGGGCUGGCCCCUCUGUAGCUGAUGCUUGGACGUUUACUGGGGAAGGGGAUCCAGGCCCAGCUCCUGAGCUGAAUGGGAACCUUGGAAUCUCUGAAUCAAGCAUCUGUCAAGGCAGACAGUCCUCAGCCUCCAAGACAGGACACCUUGUGCUUAGUUCUAGUACAUUCCAAAGUAUUUCAGGGUUCCUGAAAUCCCAUGUACCGAAGCCAGUAGGAAAUCAUCAGACACAUUCCUCAGACAGGCGGGUUCUGAGCUGACAGACUCUGGCAGUAAGCUUUGUCCGCUUGCCGUGUGUGUGUGUGUGUGUGUGUGUGUGUGUCUACACUUGCACACCCAGCUUUGAGAAGCUGCCUUCAUCCAGUCUGCCCACCGUCAGUUGGGGUCAGGGUUGGAGGUUGGGGUGGGGAGAGGA